AGCUUUCGCAGCUUUCGCAACCUCCAAACGCACACACGAUAACCCGCCACUAUGGCCUCCAACGAUAGCCGACCUCACCGCUCGCAGUUCUGGAAGGCUUACACUGUUCGGAUGGCUCGCCCCGACAUGCGGCGCCGGCUCAAGGAAGCACCCGACCCACCAAUUCUGGUGCUCCCUUUUCUGAACGCCCAACGCGAAGCUCAACCGCUCUUUAUCGAACCAUCCAGACUGUGCAUAAGAGUUGACGUCUACCGACACCGGGCAGAAUACGACCUCAAGCAGUAUCUCAAACACCUAGCUCAAUACAACGAGCGCUAUGGAACCGUCGCGUCCGCCGCAACCCCAGCCGCAGACAUUACCACCGUGACUGGGAACGAGCAAAUCAGACACCGAUUCCGCAUCGACAUCUCGCGCAACCACCUCAUUCAGAACCUCAACACCCUAGAGACAGUCCUCGCUUACGCCAAGAACAAUUUGGAGCCGCCGAAAUUCAGGCUUCCGCCAUCAACGUCGACGUUCAGCAUCUUCUUCACCGUCGCGGCCUGUCUUAUCCGCGGCCCGCUUUCCCGGAUUUCCAUCAUCACAGCCGUAUCCGGACUCGUCUAUCUUACGGCGCCUCCGGCGUGGCGAUUCUAUCAGCAUUAUCGCCUUGAUUCGGCUCGAGCCAGUGUGCGGGCGCUGAGGACGACCUGCGAAAACGACAUGGGCGCAAUUGAUGAGAGAAGCUUGCGCAUAUUGGACGAGUCACGAUUCAAGUUUCUCGAGCGCAUUUUCAAGCGCAAGUACUGAGGGGAAGGGGAAGGGGAAGCGGAAGGGUGAGGGCGAAAAGGGAGAGAUAGG